AUGAAGGAACGCUAUGCUAUGGUGCCCACUGAGGAGCCUAAAACCAGUUUGAGCUCGCUGCUGGACUCCAGGGAACACUGGUGGAUUUCGAGGCAUAUUAAGGCGAUUCAGCGCAUACCGCCCGUAACUGGUGCGUAUGUGGCUUUGUCGACGGUGUCUGCGCUUCUGGCAUGGGCACUGAACGACAACUACACGUUAAACGCGCUCCAGUUCGACCUGCAAAGAGUGAAGCGUGGCGAGAUCUGGCGGCUCAUAACUCCAUUUCUCAACUUCGGGCCACUAUGGCUGGCACACAUGUUCAUGCUGCAGUCGGUGGUGCUCUACAUGUCAUCCGUUGAGAUAUCGCACUGCGCAAAGCCUGAAAAGUUUGUCGAGUUCAUGGCCUUCGGAUUGGCGCUACUCUCAGCCUACGGGGUUGCGGAGGCAAUUGCGGGACGGCAUGAGGCGACAAUGUCCAGCGCGGCGUACCACUUGCAUACUUAUGUGCUCUACUACUGGAGCCGCUUAAACGAAGGGUCAGUGGUAAACUGCUUCGACCUGUUCACGCUACCGGCGGAGUCGGUACCUCUCAUGUUCUUGCUCCAGAAUUACCUGCUCUACCGAGAAUUCUACUUUGCGGAUGUAGUGGCGAUAGGUGGCGCCUAUAUAUACUUCUACUACCUAUUCGACACCAAGCCUGUAUGGCCGCUGUUGCACCUCCAAGGAGGCCGCUUCAAGCGGCUCUACCAACGUUAUAACAAUGAAAUAUCCCGAUAA